AUGACGGCCAUCACGGCACACUCUCCCGUGCGCCGCGCACGGGUGAUUCUUCCAACAGAUCGGAGUCCCAAGGCUUCUCCAGUGCUGAGAGGUUUCCCUCAAAGUGUUCGCAAGGCGCCUGAGCCUGCAAAGCCCGAGGCAAAGCCCGAGGCAAAGCCGGAGGCCAGGCCUGAGGUCACAAAGCCAGAGGUGGCAAAGUCUCAGGCAGUGAAAGCCAAGCCAGAUGAACCCGUGGAAUCACUGCUACAUGAUUCCACAGUUAGCACAGAGGGUCUGCGAACAGAGGGAGCCCUUCAGAGCUCAGAGAUGGAAAACGCUGCCUCGAACGAGGAAUGCGCAGACUUCCCAGAAGCCUCCGGUGAUUUGUGUGGACAGCUCUCGCAGAUCUCAACACAGGCCUCCGAGGCCAAGUGCGAUUCUCCGCGCUCUCGAAUACCAGCACCAGAAGAGGAGGUCCGGAGUGUCCGACCGCUGCCACCGCGGCCACAGCACGCCCCGGACUUCCUUGAGGCGCAGGCCGAGACUGUGAACGAUCCAGUCGGUUUCGCUUGGGAGUUCCUCCCUGACAGGCAUCCGGUGGAGGCCGAUGGCGAACGCCGUUUCAUAGGCGAAUGCCUCGCCCGUGUAGGGCUGGAGCUCCAGGUCGCUGGCGGGCUGGAAAGGUACAUGCAGAAGCGUGAAGAUUUGGCACGACUGCACUGCCGACUCGAGGCGUCUGAGACUGAGAACAUCCCGCUCCACAUCUUGCGUCUGGUCUUGGAGGAGACGCUGCAACAGAGAGUGCGCCGGGGCGGUCAAGGCAUCUUCGUACAAGCCGGUGUGAUGAUGUCCAUGGGCAACAAGAAGGUGGUAAAGAUCGCAUGCAGUUGUGAUGGAAGUGAGGGCCAUCUGUCCGUGUGUUGGGACUGGGAUGUCAAGCUGGAGCCCAAGUGCGACCCAUAG